UGAUUUUAACCUCCAUUCAUUCAUGUUUAGGACAUUUGAUAAAGUCUCACAGUAACAGCUGUAGCUUUAAUAAGUUCAUUAGAAGAAUCAACUUCCUGAUCAGACGCUGGAGUCGACAACAGUCAUGUUCUUGGUAGAAGCUGGAUGUUUGAUUAUGACUUUGAUUCUGAACAUCUCAGGAGUUCAGGGGAAACCAACCAGCAUCUGUGCCUUAAAGGGUUCAUCAGUGACUCUGUCCUGCUCAGGUCAACGUCACACUGCAAACAAGAGAUGGUACAUUGUCAACCUGAGUGGUUCAAUGUAUGUUCCUACUGAGAUCUCUACAGAUGGGAAUCAAGGAAAAUACAGCGUGUCAGAAGAGAGUAACUUCACUCUGACAAUCAAUGAUCUAAAAGAAGAUGAUACAAACUAUUACUGCUGCACAGAAACUAACAAACUAGACAACUGCAGCCAAAACACAAUUUACCUCCAUGUUUCAGACCUGCAGGUAAAGGUGAUUCCUGCCACAGAGGGACAGACAGUGACACUGAUGUGUAGCACCAGUUGUCCUCGGACUGAAAACCUUGCAGCCUACAUCUGGUACAAGAACAGAGAGUUUCUGUAUGAGGACUGGUCUCCCUGGUACCAAGAGCUGGUCAGCAGUGAGGAAGCAGUCACAUACUCCUGUGCUGUCAAAGGCUACGAGGAUCUCAGAGCCCCUGAAGUCUCAGUGGAUUCAGUCACUCCGACCUGCUUCAGUGUGACCUACGCUAAAGGGAGAAUGUGUUCUUAUCAGCAGACGUCAGUAGAUGAGUCCUGCUCCAUCACAUAUCCCAGAGAAAUCCACGUCCAAAGGAUUCCUACAGACAAACCAGGUUAUAUCAGACUGACCUGUAACACCAGCUGUCUUCAUACUGACAAUCUGACUUCAUUUAUGUGGUUUAAGAACAGACAAGUAGACAGAAACAAGGAGAAACAACAGGUUUCAGUUCUCAAAACUGCAACAGAAAGAUUGUCUUGUGCUGUAAAAGGUCUUGAGGAUCUGCGCUCUGCUGACGUCUGUGUAGAGGAGAAGAAAUGUUUGAGAGUGAAUUAUAUCAGCAGAAGUAUCUGUGCUCUGAAAGGAUCCUCUGUGAACAUUUCCAGUGAAUACUCUCAUCCUGACAACCAGCAGUCACAGUCUAAACUUUGGUAUAAAGUAAAGAGAAAUACUGAAGAGGAAAAUCAACAGCUGACUGGAGAGACACAUGAUGUGAAGUUUCAUGACAACAUGAAGAACCAACACAUCCUCACAUUAAACAACCUGAAGAAGAAGGACUCAGCAGAAUACAUCUUCACAAUCAAAACAAACUAUGAACAAGUGUCUGGUUCUCCUGGAGUUUCUCUGGUUGUCACAGAUCUGAAAGUGAAGAUAAGUCCCUCUCCAGUGGUGACAGAGGGUCAGAGAGUCUCACUGACCUGCAGGACCAGCUGUCCUCUACCUGCUAACACAAACUACAUUUGGUACUUCAACAAUCGACCUCUGAACCUGAUACACGACCAAAGCAAACACCUGCUUCUAGACCCAGUCAGCAGUCAGGAUGCAGGAAACUACUCCUGUGCUGUCACAACCAACAGAGACAUCAACUCAGCUCUAAAGACUCUCACUGUCCAAACUAAACAAACAUCUAAGCUGAACCCAGCAGCAGCUGCAGGAGUUUCUGUAGCUCUCCUUGUUUUACUUCCUCUCACCGUCUUCUUGUGGAUUAGAAAAAAAAGAACUUCCAGUCGAUCUCCCGUGAAUGAAACCUUGGACAACUUGGAGCAGAUCAACUGUGGUGAUGACGACUCCUCAGCUCAACCAGCAGAGCAGGAACUUCUCUACAGCAGAAUCCACUUCUCAGAGGACAACACAGAUCCUCUCUACUCCCUCGCAAACCCACCUCAGUCCCAAGACCAAGAGAUGGUCCCCUACGCUGCUGUCAAAUUUAGGUCUAAUUCGACCUCUGAGCUCAAUGACCAAACAGAAGAUACCUAGAGACUGUACAAGACAGCAAAGGACAACGUAAAGAGCCAAAAUACAAUAACGAACGUGAAGAGAAAGACAGACAGACAGUCAGUCAGACAGAUAGAAUAAUUGUAAUUCCUGCAGUCCGAGCCUUGCUUUACGUACUUCAGUUCAGUUCAGAUGUCCACCACAUGUUUCAGGAAUUGAAACCAUGAACGUUUUUGCUCACGUGACUGUGUGUGACUCUCUCAGGCUUUUUAUUAUUCUCACAGUCAGAUGCUGAGCAACAAAUAUCUCACUGUGAGUAACAGAUACCACAAAGAAACUGAUUUUUAUUUUUGUUUUGUUUUGUUUUUUUUUCAAAGCGCAAAGGUACAACUCUGUUCCAUAUCUCAGUCCAAAAACUAACCAGAUGCAGCAAGUGUAACAAGGCAAUCUUAUUUGCUACAGUGCUACAUACAUCACACAGUGUAUAUGCUACAAGACAACUGUACUGUACACUGUAGCUAUUAAAGUACGUACAAAACAUGGCAACAGGAAAGUUCACAUUUAAGAAAAUACCACUGGACUUGUUGUCAUAUAGACCCCCUCACAGUUUGUAAACAGUGUGACGAUUAUUGAGGGGUGGGACUUAGCUGGAGGCGAAAGAUCUCAAACCUGUGAACUAAUGGCACUCCUUCAUCUGGCAUUUACUUUACUUCUUUCUCAUUUUUGCCGUGUUCCAAAAGCAGCUAAUGUUAGCAACAGUAAUUAGCUCACAGGCGGACACGUUGCCACGGAGACGCCGUGUCUCUACAGCUACGUUAAAAAUAAAGCUACUGAAUGACAUAAUUGUGGGAUAUUUGUGUAUUUGUAUAUUAUCGUCUUGUUUUACAAUUCAUCUAAGUGUAACUCAACACAAUAAAUAUGA